AUGGACAUCACAUUUUUUGAAAAACAACCAUUUUUUAAGGAUAUUCAUCUUCAGGGAAAGACUUUUAAGGAAGAUUCAUUUGUUAACUCCGACGAUGUUUUUCUCUCAGAUGAUGUGUUUCUCUCAAAAGAUUCUGAGCCUAGUACCUUUGCACCUAUAGCAAAUGGCCAACAUUCGUUCCUUGAAACUCCUUUCACUAUGAGUGAUGUUUCCCCAGAGUCUAGGCCUACAUUUGAAAAUCAAUCUGAAAAUCAACAUUUUAAAAAACAACCUUUGGAAACCCAAAAAAAGGGACAAUCUACUAUAAUACCACAACAUGAUAAUUCUGCUAAACAACAGGCAAUAGAUUUAAGGAAGGUAAUUCCCUUUCUCUUCAUUGAGUCUUCCGAUCUUGACAUUCCUAUAGCUCUUCGUAAAGGGGAGGUUUUAAAAGUUCCAAAGUGGAAAGAAGCAGUGCUUGAAGAGAUGAAAGCUCUUAAGAAGAAUAAUACUUGGAAUAUUAAGGCAUUACCAAUUGAGAAGACUGCUAUAGGCUGUGAUGAUGUGAUUGAGAUGGAGAGACUAAAGAAGAGCCUUGCAUUAGAAUUCGAGAUCAAGGACUUAGGAGCACUAAGAUAUUUCCUUGGCAUGGAAGUUGCUCGUUCAAGGAAAGGAAUUAUUGUUUCUCAAUAA